AUGAAGUUGGAAUCAUUACCAAAUGAAAUCGUAUUGAUCCUAUUUGAAAAUUUUUCACUCUUUGAACUCUUUCAAUAUUUCCGUGGUCUCAAUUCACGUUUUAGUAACUUAUUAUAUCAAGAAUUUUACAAAUUUCAACUCGAUUUGAGAUCACUAUCAAAAACAAGGUUUGAACAAAUCUGUCAAGCAUAUGUUCCAUCAAUUCGCAAUCAAAUCGUAUCAAUUCAUCUUUCGAAUGAUUCUGAAACUCCACAAGCAAUUCAACUUUUUCUAUCUCAAGGUUAUAAACUUCGCCAAUUUAUUCAUUUAGCAGCACUACUAAUCAGUAAUCUUCCAUCUAAAGAAGCAGUCGAUGAAAUCAUGAAUGAAUGUUCACAUCUUUCUCAUUUGAGACAUCUGACAAUCGAAGGGAUAGCGGCCGUGAGUGAAAAUGAUAAGCAAAAUGUAUUUAAUCAAGUAUGGAGUUUACCAAAACUAGAAUCUGUUCGUUUAAGCAUCAGUUCUUCUGCAGGAAGUUUCUGUAAUUCAACAGUUAUUUCCAAAUCAUUAAAGUAUUUAAAUAUUCAACAGAAUACUUACUCUUUAGCAACAUUUGCUGAUUUAUGUCAUCACACACCUAACCUUCGACAUCUUUCAGGGUCUUUUACAGUUGAAUACUAUGAAUCGCAAAUAUUAAAACCUAUUAAUUCAAUAACUCGAUUAAACAUCGCAUUUCAGGGCUGCGAAAAUAUGUUCGAACAUGUUUUAGAAAAUCUGCCGAAUUUAUAUCAAUUAAGAUGUGAUUUAAAUGAUUAUAUAAGCGGAUAUCAAUGGGAAAAUAUUAUUAGAAAAUCUUUACCAAAAUUAAAAAUCUUUCAAAUGAAAAUGCGAUUUUCACCAUCUGAUAAUCCUGAUAAAGAAGAACAAUUAAAUGAAUUAAUUAGUCCAUAUCGAACAAAUUUCUGGAUCAAUGAACAUCAAUGGUUUGUACGAUGUCAUUGGUACACAAUAGAUGAAAAAAUAGAUCAAUUUGGUAUUAUUGAUCUAUUUACUGUGCCAGAUAGUCUCGAUCGUUUCUGGGAACAUAAUAUUUGUCUUUUAGCAAAAUCAACUGCUCCAUAUGAUGAUGAAUAUUUACAAUGUCCUCGUAUAACGUCGUUAAGGUACGGAUCCUUAUCUCUCAGAGAUCCGAUCCUCUCUCGUUGCCGUUUUAAUAAUAUUGACUAUCUUUUAUUAUCAUUACCGUGUGAUGAACAAUUGUUUUGUAUUGUUCCCAAAUUUGAUCGGCUUAGAUCACUUUUUGUUUACACAGAUAAGAGCAAAAAUUUAAACAAUAUUCAGUUCCAACUACAACUUAUACUUGAUAAAGCACCUCGUCUCCAUUCACUCGAGUUCACUACUUGGUCACGAGAUGAUUCUAAGACACCAUUGGCGGGAUUACACAAUGCUUCAGUUCAUCGGCUGAACCUGGUAAGACUUAACUUUAAUGGCCAAAAUUACCAUUUUGAUGAACAGGAAUGUAUGGAAUUGUGUCUUUCGCCGUUAGGUGCUCAAUGUGAAACUUUGAUAAUUACUAUUAAAAACAAAAGAAAUAUUUUGACUCUGAUAAACAAUAUGCCACAUCUUCGGUCAUUACAUGUCCGUUCUUUAGAUCAUUAUUGGCCCACCAUUGGCUCAGUAUCAUCUCCAACGGAGGUACUUGUUCAAUGGUUGCGUCAACAAUUACCGUCAACGUGUACAGUAACUGUAGAUAAUAGUCUUGGUAUUUAUGUAUGGAUUGGUUGA